AUGUCUGUCCACAGACGACAGUCCUCCUUGAAUUCAAGUUCGACGAGCACCUCUGGCGUCACCUCGGGUACCUCCACGUCCAAUGCGAACAACUCAACUAGCGCUCUUGCUGCAGCGUUCUCCUUCGCUGGUCUGAAUCUAAGGUCCCAUACCUCGAAAGCCGCCCUCCUGACUCUCACACCCCAUCACUUGUUCUACCUGCUCUCUAGGAUGGAGGAGCUGGAUAUAACGAUCGGCCCCAUGAAUAUUCGUUUUGAAAACCUCAGCAGUGACCCUUCUCCCUCCAACUAUGUAUCGUUUCUGCAGUCCCAUAAACCAGCCAAAGGUCGCAGCGACAAGGACUCCAUACAUUCUGUUUCUAGCAUGCGCAGUGUCAUGUCUGGUAUGAGCACAUUCUGGUCUUCCAUUGGCCUGGGGGCCAGCUCGUCCAAAAGCGAAAAGGCAAAGGCGCUGACACAAGGGGACCUGACCUAUCUGUAUUCCGCAUUUACAAAGCUCCCUUCUUUGCGACUCACCACCGAUCAUCGAGCACGACUGAUCAAAGGGUAUGAGGAGUUCCCUUUUGAUACGGCAGUCCCGCUGUUUGCCUUUAAAAAUAUUCAACAGCUGGACAUAGUGGACAUAGAUUUCCGCCAAUUCUAUGGAUGGGAUCGAUUGGCCGAGCAGUUGACGUUGUUGACCGUCAAGCGGGCCAAUGUCGAUGAUCCCAUCGAACUGCUGACCAACAUAGUCCUGGAUGACGCCGAAAAGCGUCGAAGGCGAUCAACCAGAGGCGGUCGGGGCUCUCCCACUCCAACGGUGUCCUGGACGGUGCCUUCGACGCCACGAGCUGAUUAUGCACAUUCACAUUCUGAUCCCGGAUCUCCUGCCGAAGGGAGUCUCGAUCAUGAGGAUUACAUCGAGUCCCCACACAAGGACAAGCAGUUCUCUGGGAGCGUCUCCCCGAUGCGGCCGAGUCCCGCUCGACCCGCCAGCUCGUACAGGCAUGUACGCACGUAUUCCUCCAAAGUGAAGAGGUCUGGGUCAGGCAGUUCAAACUCUAGCGAGUAUUCUGUCCAGCCAAAUCGUAGCGACAGCACUCCGAGCCUCCUUAGCAUGAACGUGCUGCCUCCUUCAAAAUGGCAGAGGCUGAAGUACUUGUCCCUUGCAGAUAACUCGCUGACCACCAUAUCAGCGAGAAGCCUGGCCCCGGUAGCGACAACGCUGCGUUCCCUGAACCUCUCCUCCAACCUUUUUGCAGAGAUUCCUGACAGUCUUGCUUGUUUGACUCGCCUGGUUUCUCUUGAUCUGUCGAACUGCAUGAUUGCAUCCCUACAGUCUUUGUCGAGAUCUCCCCUACCCGCAGUCUCGACAGUCAACCUGAAGGCAAACCGACUUCGAUCUUUGGCGGGAGUCGAGCGACUUCUCUCCCUGGAACAGUUGAAUGUACAGGACAAUCAGCUGUCUGAUCCAAUGGAAAUGGCGAGGCUUACCUGCAUCCCCAACUUGAAGCGUAUAUGGGUCAAGCGUAACCCUUUUACAAAAGCUCAUUCUGACUACCGGGUAACAACCUUUAAUUUGUUCAGAAAGACUCCUGGUUAUAUGGAAGAUAUCGUCAUUGACGAUUCUGGGCCUGGCUACUCGGAGCGCAAGCAGCUGGUUGAGCGAGCGCCAGAGAUCGAAAGAGACAUUUCUCAUCCUUCCAUUCAAAUCGCUGAGCUACCCGUCAUAGUCCAACAAGCUGGAGGAGCAAAGUCAAGUACGGCGUCACCGACCGAGGUGGCUACAAACUCAACUCGCCGAAAAAAGGUACCUCGACGACGAAUCGUGGACCUGGCCAAGGAUGAAAGUUUCGCCGUUCGGGUUCGUAAUGAGGAUCUUGUGGCCAACCUUCCCCCAGAUUCUAAUUGUGUGAAUCAAGAAUCUCCGCCGGCGGGCCGCUCUCCGCCCCUGCCAACUUUUGAUACAAUAGAACCUCUGGCCACCAAGCUGAACGACGACUCCACAAAAGCGCCCUCGUUACCUUUGGACGAGCAGCCUGGUCAGCAAGAUGAUUACCGAUCCAGAAUUGAAGCGCUGCGACAAGAGUUCGGCAGCAAUUGGCUCAGUGCUCUUGGGGAUCAGAGUAACUGGCACAACAAUCACCACAUGGAAGUUGCCCAGGGACAGAUUCUUGGAAACGCUUCUCUGCACCAAACCGGACCUCAAGUCAUCGUCAGCGGCGGGCGCACCUUGGGUUGA